AUGUGGAGCAAGCUGUCUUCCUCUUCUCCAACAUCCUGCAAUCCCACCCGAACAACCACAACACGCAGGAGGCAACCAGUCGGAACCAACUCGCCUUCAUCAAAAACUCUUUCCGCCACUUCCAUUCAAUUUUUAAUCAUUACAUUUUUAAUUAUUAUUGGAGUUUUUGCGGGUUCUUCCUUUCAACAACAACACCACACAGUAGAAGCCAAUGCUCCAAUUUCUUUAAAUAGGGUCAGUGCACUGAUUGCAUGGAACAGUGAUGGUGUAACCUUGAAGGCUACAACAUCAGGACUCAGUGAAGAUGAUAAGCAAAAUUGUUUUUAUUGGACAACCCUGCAUCCUGAGUUGGUAUCCUUGGUGCCUGUAAACAAAAUCUCGGAUGACCAGAAAAUACAACUAGGAAGCUCCCCAGUCAUGACAUGUUCUCAAGAAAUUCAAGUUAUUCCAAAAGGCUUUCACUCGAAACCACAAGUGGCAAUUGUUACAGCUCAUCGAUUCCAUCCUUCUUCGGGAUCUACUGGCGCCACUGCUUUUUGCGAGGUUUUCAUAGACUCUAUCAGCCAAUUGAAAUUGCAAACUACAGUCAGAAAACUCACUAUCAAUGAAUUGGAAACACUACAAGUUGAUGGAUUUGAUGCGGAAGGAAACAUUUUUUCUUCAUUGACAGGAUUAAGCUUUGUGUGGAAAUCUGAAGGAUUGCCAGGACACAAAAAGCCAGGACUCAUUGAACUUAUUGACAUCAAUGAUGAGUCGGUACAUUUCUUUGAUGAAAAGAAGCGAAUUAAGAGAGGUGUUGGAAGUCACGAUGUCAUUAUUGCAAAAGGUUUACGUUCAGGAGAAGUUUCUGUUUCUGUCUCUUUGAAGAGCACACAAAAAGAAGGUGCCACCUUAUCUGACAUGGUCACUAUUUCUGUAACUGACAGCUUUAUGUUGAAACCUAAAAACGAAAUGAGAGUUGUACCUGGUACAAUAAUUCCAUUUGAAUUAUAUAUUAGGAAGUAUUCUGAAAAAAAUCAAUUUGAACACAUUCCAAUGCCUAAUAGAAACUAUGAAUGGUUAUCUUUGAACAAAGAUGUAGGUGAAAUUGCUUCCACUACUGGAGUGUUUAAAGCUAUUGAUCUUGGAGCAACCAAUAUUAUUGUUCAAGAUGUAACCUUCAAUUUGAACAAAGCAUCUGCAUUAGUUCACGUUGUGAAACCUGCUUCUAUCAAAAUUUUGAUCAGCCCAAAGAAAGCAAGACUCUACAAGGGCUAUGAAUACGUAUUGAAAAAUUACAAAAAUGCAAACAAUGAUGAACAUUCAAGCUUGGUUGUUAACAAUGAAUAUGAAGUGAAGAUUGAGUUGUAUGAUCAACAUCACAUGCCAGUAGAUAUUACAGAAAAUGUUAAAUUCAAGUUUUCAAUUGAAUCUGCUACUGGCGACAACACUUCGGCGAUUAGGAUAUUAAGCCGUUCUCAGAACGAAGAUUUAUUUUUGAUUAGAGCCGACCAACUUGGAGAUGUUAUUUUGAAAGCAUCUCUCAAAACAGGGGAAUUGACAUCAGGGGCUUCUUCAUUUUCUGCUCACGAAAAUAUUGAACUUACCCAAUCAAGGCCUAUCUCUAUUGUUCCUCCGGUCACCAUUCAACUGCAAGAUAGCAUUAUUUAUUUACCCCAUGACUUUGGUGUUGAGCAAAUGUUUAGAGUUGAAGCCACAGGUGGUAGCGGUUUGUUAAUGUGGACAGCUGUUAACCCUGGCUCCUCCUUUGACGUCGUUAGCCAAAAGGGUCCAGGCAAAGUUUAUGGUAUUUUGACCUCCAAACGAAAUGGCGAAGCUGAUGUUAUUGUGUUCGAUCAGCAGAAUUUGUACAAUGGUGACUCUCGUGUUGUAUCAGUUUCUCAACCUCAUAGCUUGCGUUUUGAAAAGGGAUUCCGUGAAGUUGCCGUUGAUGACAGUUUGUGUUUACGUCUCAAGGCACUUGAUAGCAAUGGCAACGUCUAUCACAACAUUUCUAGCCUACAAUAUGAGUGGAGUGUUACAGACACGUCAGUGUAUACCAUUUCAUCUCACUCUUGUCAAGUCGGAAAAAGCGUUUUUGCCGAAGUUUCCAUUCGAGCUAUUCAGGAAGGAUUUACUACUGUAAAAGCAAAAUAUCAAAAUGGAAAGCUACAAGAGAAGACUCAUGUUGCAGUUUAUCCUCAACUACAAAUCACAGAGCCCUACACUGACAACAAUAAGGUUUUCCUUGUACCAUUAGGAGCCACUGCACAGCUCAGUAUCAGUGGAGGUCCUCAACCUUGGGAUAAUUUCGUGAAGGGAGAGUCAAGAAUUACGGAUGCCAUUAUUGCUGAAGAUCCAGAUCGUCUUAAAAUUGCUAAAGAUACAAAUACUUUAGAAAGUGACAAGAACAGAAAGAGAUCAUUUUAUAUUACUUGCUUAGAUUUCGGAAAACAACAAUUAUCUGUCGACAUUCAUCACCAUAUUCCAACGGAAGAUGCUUUACCAAGUUCAGCUUCCAUUAAGGUCAAGUAUUCUUGCCAACCACCAGCGCAUCUCAAAGUUAUUCCUUUGAAUCCCUCUACUAUGGAAGAACUGAGCUUAAUUUCUAAAAAGAAUAUCAGAACCUACAGUGUUAGAAAUAAUCAAACAAUACCAGCAAUCAUGCAUGUUUAUGAUAGGGAGGAGAAUCAAUUUAUUACACUCUCAACUCUUCAAGAUACAUGGGAUUUGAGUGAUAAUGAUAUUGUUAAAUUCUCUCCAAAACAGCAAGCACCAGGAUUCAGAUUGUUAGAUAUCAACGAAAACGAGGGUAUUGUCACACUCACUGGAAAAAUUACUGGCUAUCGCAGAGAUGAACUCAAACGACACGUUUCCAAUGCAAUCAUAUCCUCUGCCACUUCCUCAUUCUCUUCUCCUUUAGUGGACGAAAUUGAAUUACGAAUCGCACCAAACGUUUUCAUCACUCCAACCAAUUACCUUUUAUUCAGACACAGAAAAAUCUCUCUCACCGUUAAAGCAAGUGGUGGAUCAGGCAAAUACGACUUCUCUCACAACAACACUCAUGUUGCUGAUUUGGUUCCAAAGGACUCGAUGGCAGAGGUGGUUGGCCUUAUUCCAGGAUAUGUGAGAGUGGAUGUUGUUGAUGCUUAUUCUCGUGUGAGUCCUGCCGCCAGCUGUUUUGUUAAGGUUGCUGAUGCACAUGAUGUGUCUUUGGAAGGCGAACAUUUCGUUCAAGUGGAUAGAUCUAUUUCUCUCAAGUUGAAGGUGUUCGAUGACACCGGAGCAGUGUUUCCAGAAUAUCAACAUUUUGCUAUGAAUCCUUCGAUUGAUAUUGACACAACACGCACGGUCGUUAUUAAGCAAUCUGACUCGAGCUCUGACGAGUACAUACUCACUGGUGAAAGAGUUGGUAUUGUGAAACUUGUAGCCAGUGUAUUGAAUUCAGAUGGUAGACGAGUUUUCAGCGCUCCUUUCAUUGUGAAUGUUUUCGAAUCCAUGAAGGUUGAAUCAGAAGAGUUGGUCUUGAUUCCAGGGGCCAACUAUCAAGUUUAUGUUUCAGGAGGCCCAGCCGAGUCACAACGUGUUUCUACUGUGUUCCGCUUUGAAAGAUCCAAUGUCGCUUCGGUAGAUCAAAAAGGUGUUGUGACUGGUAUUGCUUAUGGCGAAGAAACAUUAAUUGUUGAAAAGAAGAGCACUUAUACGAAUGUCAUUUACUCCAGAAAAACAGUGUCUGUUUAUGUUGUGCAACUUGUUGGUCUUAAGGUUCCAUCUCCGCUGGCACUUUUUGAAUACAACUUUGUUCCUGUCCCAAUUUAUGGAGUCUAUACAAGAGGAAAUUCUCAGACCAAGCACUUACUCUCUCCAAUCUUCAUGCAAUCUCCUUACUUUAAAGUGACGGUCGACUCGCAAGAGAGUAGUGUGGCUCUUGUAAAUCAACCCUACAGCCAUACUGGUCAUUCCGUGUUUAUCUCAGGAAAGAAAGUGGGCAAGACACAAUUGAAUGUCAAUGCUGUUUUCAGUGGACACCCUUCUCUUUCUUCGUGGCAUGUACAGACAAGUGCUUCGAUUCAGGUGGAUGACAAAUUGAAAUUGAUCGAUUUCCCACACAAGGAUCUCAUCCUGGCACCAAAAUCUUCUACCUUCCGUUUAAAGACAAACAAGGACAACAUUUCACUUCAAAAGUAUUCCAUUGCAAAGAGCGAUAUAUAUGAAAAUGUUCUCUCUGUGGCCAAGAAUGGAGAAAUCACCACCCACACCACAGAAGGUAUUUCAAUUGUUAUUAUCGAAGAAGUAGCUACAGGACAAACUGUUGCCCAAAAAGUAUCUGUACAAACGCCACAUUUCUUAUCUAUGUACAUGAAUCAAUACGGACACACAUUUGGAUAUGACUUUAAAGUACAAGUGGACAGUGACAUUGAAAUUCCACUGUCGGCUCUUUCCAUGCGCGGUGAAAAAUUUGUGUCUAUAACUGGAAUUAAUCUUAACUCACGCAUGAAUUACCAUGAUGUAGUUUCAAUCAAAGUAGAUGCAAUCAGAGAGGUACUCCUUGUUCAUGCUCAUUCCGUAGGGGUUGUCACAGUAGAGCUAAAGUCAUCUGAGCUCAAAGAAGCCUAUUAUUGCCAAUUCACCGUAGUUCCUUCUUCUUCGAGAGCUGGUGUGUCAGAAAAGCCAGUAGUUUCCUCGUUGACUUUACAUGUGGGUGAUACUAUUGACUUACCGAGUCUUUCUAAUGAAUGGGAGAGUGACGACACCACUAUAUUGUCCAUCGAUCGAUAUGGACGUGCUGUUGCACAUCAAGCAGGUAUGGUCACCCUCACAACUAAGGGAGGAAACGGUUCUCAAAUCCGAGUGAGGGUUGUCACAAUCUCGAGCGCCAGAAUUAUGUCAUCAAAGGCAGAGUUCAGCUCUAGUACUGAUCCAUCCAAAAUUGCACCUCUUCGCAUACCUGUUCGAUUAUUUGAUAACAAUCAACAAGUUUUUGAUUUACCACAAGAUCCAAGAGUAAGAAGAAAUACCAUCGUAGAAUGUACAUCCAAUACUCCAUGGCUUGAUGUGAUUGGUACAGAAAAAGUUGGCGACAAUUAUGAAUGUCUUGUGAAACCCAACCGCCAGUCUUUUAUUUCUGGAGAUUUACAAAAAUUAUCUGGCUUCCAAGAUUUGUAUUUCAACAUUAAGGUCAAAUAUGGAGAGGCAGCACGUGAUCAAUUAACACUCAAGACACCAUCCAUCUCUGCCAAAUUCAUAUCAGGCAAAACAUCUGAACCAACUUCGAAUAGAAUCGAUGAAUCUACUCCAUCUCAACAAGAGCAAGAGGAGUCUUCAGGAUACUUUGGUUAUAUCAUUCUUUCAUUAAUUAUUGGAGUAUUAGGAUUUGUUAUUUAUGGCUCCAUGACUGGAUCAUCUCCAUCGGCACGAACUUUUGAAAGAACAUCCCCCAAUCGAUUUACUGAAGGCACAGGUCCAAGAGGGUCACCUGUAAUGAUGAUGGCCACACAACAGAGUCCUCAUUUGAGUCGACAACAACGAGAAAUUCCAUCAGGAACUUCUAGAACCUUUAGACACAGUAAUAGCUCUGGUUUUUAUCUUACUAAUAGUGCAUUUAAGGCAAACAAUCCAUUCUAUUCAGAUCCCUAUUACAAAGAUGAAGAGUGA